AUGGUUGCGAGUGCGGACGGCGACCUCUAUGCCCCAUACGCUCAGCUCCCCGUUGUCGAGGACGGUAUCCAGUCCUCCGAGGACGGCUCAGAGCUCCACUCGCCUAUCUUCGAUGGUCCAUAUCCCAGCACCCAUGACGCCCGGUACCACUUUGGCCCUCUCGACCUCCACGGCGUCGACCAGCCACUCAUCCCAAGCGCCUUCGAUCGUCCUUACGACCCGCCUCACGCUAGCGCCCAUGUCCGAGAUCCACAACUCCUCCAUUCGUUACAGCCACCGAAUUCAUCCGUCUCUGGCUUACCAUACAUGCUGGCUGACCAUCAUCACAUCGUCAACAUAGGCGACAGUCCCUCCAGCCUCGCCAUCACCCCUCCCAAUGCCGAGUAUACUUUCAGCUUGCCGCAGAACAGAAUUUCCGAGCCGUUCGCCGAUGCGCAACAUACGUACUCAUCGCGCAGCAAUUCUUCCUCGUCGUCGAGCGACCGAUCACCCCAAAUAACACUGGGAACGUCUGUACAGAGGGCCCCUGCGGCGGUCCCGCCUCCCGCUACCGGGCCGGCACGUCCCGUGCGCAGGGAAGCUUCCAGCGUCGUCGUCGCAUGUCGUCAAUGCCGUGCGCGUAAAAUCCGUUGCGACUCGACACGGCCAGUGUGCCACAACUGCACCCGCCGGAAUAAUGAAUGCGAAUACGACGCUGUGCCCAAACGCAGGGGUCCGGACAAACGUCCAGGCACCCGCCAGCGCUCCUGCAAGAAACGUCCGGUCGACGAUGACGUCCCACCACCGCGCAAGAAGCGCAAGGCGGUGGAUGAUUUUGACGCUGCUGCCAUGUCUUCAGACAAAACUGAGGACUUUACCAGCACACCCAUGGUUCCGAGCGUCAGUGGAAAAUCCGCGAUGCCCAGGCCCAUUGUCCCAUCCACCUCGUCGAAUGGCAAUGACGGAGCGCCUGAGGACUUGAUUGUCCUCGACACUUCGACAAUUCCGCAGCAAAGUCUACCUUCGGCGAAAGUGAGUGUGGGCGUGGAUACCGCGUCCCGCCAGGGUAUGGUCAUGCAUUGUGGGCAAAAUGCCCGCGCCUUGUCGCCCCGCAGCCGCCCCUCGAUUGGGUAUUAUGCGGCGUCGAUGCUCGCUGCGAAUCGGUACUCGCACCCUCUUGACGCUGUUCAGAGCCAGCAGCAGGACGUGCAGAAUAGAUCUAUGCAUAUUCCGCCUUCUCCGUCGAUGGAAUAUUUGCGCACAACGUUUUGGGAGCAGCUCGCUAUGACAUAUUCGAUGAGAGAGCUCACCGACGAGCUCAAGUUUGUUUUCAUCGCAGGCGGCUAUUGGCUCUCGUUCUUCCAUCUCCCGACGUUCCUCCUAGAUCUACAUAAUAGUGAUCGUCGCUCUCGCACCCAGCCAGCUUUGAUCAUGUCUGGUCUUGCAUUGGCGACGCUCAUGAAGUCAAGUCAGAUUGAGCAGGGUGCUGAAGGGCGUAGCCGUGCACUUUAUCUCCGUGAUUCAGCGCAGGCACUGCUGGAGGCGGCAUGCAACACCCAAUCGAUUGAUUACAGACUUGCUGAAGCUGCUCUGAUCCUCGCACUCUUCGAGUCUUCCUGCCAUCCGCAGUACACGCCUGAGCGUGCAGCGAAUGCGCUGCAGUUCCUCGACCGGAUCAUCCAAGUUCUGUCGCUGUGCUCCGUAGACAUCCACAAUCCGGACACGUCCAUGUUUGGAUCAGUCUCGGUGCCUGUGGUUUACAUGCCGGGCAAUUACCGGCCGCCGAAGAAGUGUUCAUGUACGCCAAUGUCGCACAGCCCGGGCUCGGAUCCCAUCCACGAUCGCUGCCCGUGCUUCUCGUACAACCCACCGUGGGACCCCAACUGGAGCGAGGCGGAGCUCCGUAGGGAGGAGUGUCGCCGCCUGUGCUGGAGCGCGCUCACUCUUGUCACGAAUUACACCUUCCAGUGUGCGGCGGUCCACCAAGAACCGCAAAGCUUCGCGCUGUCGGAGCCAUCUAAUUAUGCAUUGCUCUUCCCCGGCGAGGCGUAUGAGCGCGUCCUGAGUCACAAGCAGCUGUUCAGCCACUGUCCGAAAGAGUCGCUCGGUGCUCUCAACUGCCGCAGCAUGCUACUGUUCAACGGGUGCAUCCGCCGGCGCGAUGAUCAAUGGACGCCUGAGCAGCGCACCGGGUUCGCGAUGGAGGUACUCGCCGAGACACGCUCCAUCAUGGACGCACUCGACAUGCACGAGUGCAAUCUCGACCCUGCACUCGUAUAUGGUUCUCGGGAGAUCCUGUAUAAGAUGUCGAUGACACAUGAGUUGCGUCGUCUUAGCCGGCUUCAAGAAGUCGACAGCAUCACAGCGCCGAUCUUCGAUCGCCGUCAGGCGGAGGAGUGGUUGUACCACCAGGAUCACCUCGCAAAGCUCGUCAAGGGCGCUCUACUGCAGCUUGCAGAGACCACAGGACACAUACUCUCUCGCCAUCCGUUCCAGGUCAAUUGGUUCACCGCGCAGGUUACCGUCUGCCUCGCGCUGUGGAACUUCGAUCACACCCUCACGCACGCGCUCGAGCUCGCCAAGUCUUUCCUUCUCGGGCUCGACGUAUUCAGCGCCUUGUGGCCAUGUGCAGCGCGACAUAUCCGGCGCCGGGACGAGCUCCGCAAGAGCCUCGAGGAGGCAUGCACCUGCUCCGGCUUGCGCCCGCCGCUGCCUCCGGAGCUGAACCUCCCGCCGAUGCUCAUGCUAAGAACAUGA